GUACAGUUUGCACGUACGUACAUACGUGAAUGGCGGUUUCUGAUCGCUCUUCGUUCGAUUCGACUCGCAAACUCCGAAGCGACUAGCGGCUGAUUAGAUUUAUUACGUCAGGAACUCGUCUGUGUGGAAUUCCAAUCAUCAAGUUUUGAAAGCGCAAGAAAUUCACAACCCCAUGGGAUCCACAGAUAAACCGUCGAUCGUAAACCAACUUCAAGGGGAGAUGGCUGAGUUGCAUCAUAUUCAGUACAGCACAGACUUCAGCACUGAUGUCAACAGGAAAAUGCAGAUACCCUCAAGGCUGAGCAUGGAACCAGAGGAACCUUUCAUGGUAGACCCACCCUCACCAACACACAACUUCAACUUAAAUUCAGAGAGCUUUGAGGGUAGCCCAGCACACGCCAUGAAUGUACCAGAAAGAAUCCUUAUUGCAGGAUCUGAUCAGCAUGUUGGAGCAAGGCAAGCCCCCCGUAAUCUUGAUUUAGACGACAUGCCUGCAUUUCAACCAAGCAAUAAUGUUGGUUUGACAACUCCACCACGAACUAUGACCCUGGAUGAGAUUUCUUUUCCCACCGUAGGUGAUAAGUCAGCAAUGAAGGCCAAGGCAGCAGCUCAAGUGGUCAGGCAAUCGUCGGACCCCAACUCAUCGGUCCUUCUAGCGGACAACACAGCUCUAGUAGAGGGUGUGCAAGAUAGUGACUGGGAUAAGUUGCAGAGGAAGAUGCACCUGCUAUCAAGCCGGGUCUCUUCGCUGGAAGAGGCAGGGAGGAAGCAAGAGCAACGGGAGACGAUCAUCAUGGGAGUUGGGAUUGUCUACCUUCUCUUUAGGGGUCUACGCUUCUUGUUUAGGUCGCCGUACCCAUGAGGGAAUCGCCACGAAAGCAAUAGAACAGAAUAAUACAUAUGAAAAGAGACUUUUUAGCAUGGAUUGAUUGAUGCAACUGAAGACAUAUAUUACAAUCAGUAUGAUGAACCAUACUGUGAGAACAGUUUACAUUGGAUAAUGGAGGUUACUGAUCUGAAUUUGGGAUAGUGAAGUGAAAAUACCCCCUUUGGUCUAUUUGGGGGAUUUACUUGAUAAAACGUCUGUGUAUUAACAGCUACAUGUGUAGGUUGUAAGGUAGCUUAGCAAACUGUGGUGGCAUGGAAGACCUUUGAUUUACAUAGGGAUGCCUCAAGUGAAUAAUCUUCCCUCUUUCCCAUUUCUGUGAUCGUUCUAACCAGGGAAAGGCAUGCAAUGUAUGGAGUUAAAAGUCUCACUUCUGGUACAUGCCUACAGUGUACCCGAGCUAGCUAGAUCACUGACAGGUGAAAAAUGAUAGUUGAUGAGGCAGCAAUGAAGUUAACUAGGCACAUAACAUUAGGCACCAAUUAAAGGAAAGAACGCUUUUAGCAGCACAAUAGCUUUUCAAAAUUUACCCGUUUCCGGUCUUGAUUAACUCAAUGACAAACCUAUUAACACGGUAUAAUACAAUAUAGUUAAGUGGUGGUUAUUUUACCUGACUGCUAGGAAAGCAUAAAUGCUUGUUAUUAAGCAACCAGAGGACCGACUAAGGUCCUCUCCGAGAGACCUGGUAAUGAGGAUUAAUGCCUUACCAAAGGGCACUAGCGCAUCGCCUUGGUUUCAAACCCGGGUCACCGGAUUACGAGACCACUGCUCUACUGACUGAGCUAUCGUGCCUCACUCACUCAUAGAUCAAUCUUGCACUGGAAACAUUGAAUAAUCUUGAAGCCCUCUGUAUCUAUUCCAUGAUAAAUACAAUGUGACACAUGGAGAUUAAUCUUGCGGAAUCGAAAGACUUAACCCAGUUAAUCUAGUUGAUGUAGCCACACUCUUGUUGGAUUCCUGAAGAUACAGAGAUCCAAUAUGUCCGUUGUGGACAAACUGUAACACAUCCAUCUAUUGGCCAGAUGCAGUCCUUUCUGAAAAGACCUAUGAAGUUAAAAGGUCCCUCAAUGCUAAGAGUCUUUAUUUAAAAAACAUUGUUUCAUGUGCCACUUCACUUUGCUACCCUACAUAUAUUGAAAGCUUGCCAUAAAUAGAGAGAGAUGUAUCUUCAUAUAUGUAUACCGGUAAGGGGAAGGUUUCUUUCCUCCUUUCCCAUGACUAGGAGCCAAUUGUAUUUUUAUGACUUAUGCACCUUCAUUUUU